GCCGAUUGGCUGUUGGCACAGCCAAUCGGCAGCGGCCUCCAAGAGUAUAUAAGGAGGCGUUCAGCCUUCGCGAGAGACACACCCGCGAAACGGCCGCCAGAGUAAAGACCGACAAUGAAUUGGCUUCUCAAACGGCUCUUUCUCUUAUGCGCUGUCCACUGUUCUCUUGUAGAAUGUGUUCCGUAUUUAUUGAUCAUCGGAGAUCAAGUUAAGUUUCCCGCGCUGAAAGGACGCGAGUUGAAUGGAUGCGAGCUGCGGCAUUGCCCGCGCGAUGCCAGCGAUCGUCUGGUGGCUGCGUGGGACGAUCUUUGGACGCCGGCACCAGACUUCCGAGACCGGAUGACUCCGAACGAGACCGUCACCUUAAACAGCGCAAACGCCAACGACGCAGGACUGUACGAGUUCAGGUCCGGCACCGGCAAAGUCAUCCAGCCUUUGGUCCACGUGCACGUUUUUCUAAGCACCAAUCGCACGGUGACCGAGGGGGACUCGGUCUCCUUCGCGUCCUACGCAAACACGAGGGGACGCGGGGUCUUCACGGUGGCUCGAAACGAAAAGCCGGUGUUCGGACUAGACUACGGGUCCGGGAAACAGACCCGCGGUCCCGGGUUCGAGGACAGGGUAUCCAUCUCCCCCCAGUGGAAGGAUGAGGGGAACUUGACGAUCACGCUGAAAGGGGCGACGACUGCAGAUGAAGGCGUUUACUUUUUCUACGUCCGAGACAAAUUGGGAGAGACGGUGCCGCUCCAUGCUGCGAGGCUGAAAGUCAACACGCGCGGCCCGGAUCAGACCACCAGCGGCCCGGCCACUCAGAGCGAGAACAACAUCUGGACUGCCGUCCCCAUCACGAGCGCACUUCUGGCGGGGCUGGUGGCGGGGCUGGUGGCGGGGCUGGUGGUGGGUCGCAAGGCCCCCUCUCUGCUCGGACACUUGAAGACGUGCCGCUCCAGGUCCCGCUGCCGCCCAGAUGCGGUCUCACAUCCAGAUGCGGCAGCACAGCUACUGAACGGGAACUCUCGGAUCCCUGAAGCCUCUUUGGAAAGUUCCCACGCAGAGUCCAAAGUCUGAACACGCAACAAAUGUUCUCCUGCUGGAUGUCUGUUACUUCCAAGUAAAUGAUACAUUGUGUCAUUACACCAGUGUUGGGAGGAUUAAAUUA